AGCAAUUGAAUCAGAAGCACCACCAGCUUCAUGAAGAUGCGGCUCACUCUUCAGGGAAGGUGUGAGGUGUACGUCACCCACGCUCGUGGUCUGUGUAAUACGGAAGAGAGGAUGAGAGACAUUCCACGUCAUUGAGGUGCACUUGUGCGAUUUAUAUAUAUAUAUAUAUAUAUAUAUAUGAAUAGUUUUGCUAUUUCCGUAAGAUUUUCAUUCGUUUGCACACCAUGGUUAAGUUAAUAUUGAAUCAUUAGAGAUUUAAUUAUAUUCAGACCAGCUUCGUCUUUCACUGAAAGGAGCGGCCUGGACAUUGGAAUUCAGCUGAAGAGUGACUGACUGCUGCUUAACCUUGAUGGGCGAAUCAGGGUCGUGCCGCUCCACGCUCGUCUCCAGGCUGCCCAUCUUCAGGAGGAGCUUGAGUAAGAGGCAGGACUCGUUGCCCUCCUCCCCGUCCUCAGGCGGCGUGGGCAAUGGCGUCCACACCUCGUCCCCCUCCAGCACCAACUCUAGCAACAGCAGCACGGGAAAACGUCGCAGCCUGUUCCGCAAGCCCUCCAUCCGCUUCAGCAGCAAGAGGAACAGCGAACCACCACGCAUCCAGACCCCUCCGCUAGAUCCAGCCCAGGACUCUAACGACAGCCAGGCCAACCCUCAGAUGGGCUUUCACGAUGGCGCUGGGCCUCCACGGGCCAAGCCUCGGCACUCAUUUGGCUUCGGUGGCCACCGGCAGAAGAAGAUCACCCGCUCGCAGACGGAGGACUUUGAAAAGGUGUCUUCCACGGCCAAUAGGAAUGUGUUCAUCAAAUGCAUCAGCUCAGCUACCAAUGAGGGAGACGACUCUGGGUUUCUGGAAGACUACAGUGGCGGCAGCAAACGCUCAUCCAGGCAGAAGAAACAGCUGCUGCCCAAGUCAUUCUCUGCACACCACCGCUUCUCCAAGAACUCUGAGCAGUGCAAGCCCCCAGAGGUGAACAUAGAGCCCCCAACGUCCGGGGGUACCCUGGGCUCGUGGCCAGGCGAGCUGCUGGGGGAGAGCUCCCUGCAGUCGCCCAUGCUGUCUGAGGACCACACCACAGCCCUCACACCCUCCGAGUUCAAUGUCCCCAUCACAGAGGACACUGUGUCCGAGGUGGAUGCACUACCCGCACCCAGCCCAGCCGACCCGCCAGACAGCAACUUCAGCCAUGUCGUCUCUACAUCCCAAGUGCUCUUCACGCCUGCCCAAGCUGCCACAGACAAGCCCCUCCUGCCAGACACCAGCACAGCCAACACCACGGAGUGUGAGACUGCAAUUCCUGUCACAGGGCCAGCAACAGCUGCAACAACACCAAUGCCACCGCAACAACAACAAUCACAGGAAUAUAAGGAAGAGGGGGAAGAGGAGAAGGAGGAUGUGCCGGUGGUGGAGGAAGAGGUGAGACCAGAGCAGACGGAGACUAGUGAGAGCGAGGCAGGCCCAGUGCGUAGUAAAGGCUACCAUUCCAAUCCAGAGCAGUCUGAGAGGAGGUCCAGGAACUCUGUACUCAUCCAGGAACCAGGGAAGGGAGUGUGCUGCGGUAGACAUGAACUCAGAUCAUGCCACCUGAGGAAACCCCACACAGUGUCCAUGUGCAGCAGCGGUGCCAGUCCCUACCAUGAAGUGAUACGCAUGGAGCGCCGGCUCCGCUCCUCCUCGGAAGGGGCUGGGGUGCCGCGGCAGCUCCACCUCAACCUCAGAGAGCCCCACAGCGCCACCGAGGGUAACGUCCUGCUCAGAAAGAGGAACAACUCAUCCUCCUCCAAGCUGGGCAGCCUGGACCUACUGAACAACCUGGGUUCCUCUGAGCUGGAUGAGGAUGACCUGAUGUUGGACCUGGAGCUCUCUGACGACCAACGCCAGCGUCACGUAUUCCGAGAGGACUCCAGUCAGUCCCUGUCCUCCUGCCUGAGCCUGCUGCACUCCCGCUUUGAGCCCUCUGGAGACGGGAUUCCUGGCAGGGAGCCCUCUGAUAACAGGAUCCUCGGCAGGGAGCCCUCUGGAGACGGGAUCCUCGGCAGGGAGCCCUCUGGAAACAGGAUCCUCGGCAGGGAGCCCUCUGGAGACGGGAUUCCUGGCAGGGAGCCCUCUGGAAACAGGAUCCUCGACAGGGAGCCCUCUGGAGACGGGAUCCCUAGCAGGGAGCCCAGAGGCGCCACCGCCCACAGGGAGCCGAGCCGGCCCACUACCUUGCUGCCUGCUGACUGGUGCCUGGGCCGGGAGGACGAGGCCCCGGGGCUAGAGGCACUGCCCCUUAGGCUGAUGCAGCAAGACUGCACCUCCGUCAAGACCCUGCUGCUGCGCCUCCGGAGGACCCUGCAGGAGAGCACUGACACAAGCCCUACAAGCAUCCUUCAUUCUCUCCCCAUCAGCCCUUGUAGUGAGAAGUCACUGCCCCUCAAGGAGCCGGGGAGGGAAGAAGCUCUGGUGCUGCAGCUGAGGGAGAAGGACGAGCUGAUCCUCCAACUGCAGGCUGAACUGGAGAGUGCCAAAGCUGCCCUGAAACCCAUCUGCCAAAAAGCUGACAGAACCACGCAGACAGACCGCCCUGGAUCAGAGACCAUCCAUCCCAGCCGAACAACAAGCCAAAACAGUACCAGCACAAGAGACAGAAGCCCGGCUCGGUCUCUCAUCGAGGACCAAUACAGCCGUAUGGCGGCAGAACACUCCACUUCCAGCGAUGAGAGCCACUGCCCAGCCCCAGCCCUGUCGCCCAGUGGCCCCGGGGGAGGCAGGGACCAUGCAGGACCCCCGAGGAGACCAGAAGGGGCUCUGACCUCAUCAGAGGUAGGGGCUCUCAGGAGAAUCGACUACCCAGCCAGCCAGAUCCCCCGGGCGGUGGGGGUGGGGACUGCGGUGUGGGGCAGCAGCUCCAGCCUCCAGAGCCGAGGCAGUCCCUGCCGCAGCAGCCUCUCUUCAGACAGCGAGAGAGCCCCGGUACCUAUCCCUUGCCAGCCUUCUCUCUCCACCUCAUCUUCCUCUUCCUCCUUCACGGGCCGCCUGGGCCAGCCUCCCAGAGGCCCCCUUUCCCUGCACAUGUACAGCCGCAAGAACGUCUUCCUGCAGCACUCACUUCACACUGCCGAACUGCAGGCCCUGGCCCAACACGACGGCUAAGGCACUGGGGUCGUGCGCACACAACCACUCAGACUUAUACACACACCUUUCACUUUCCCCAUGUCCCCUAAAACAUAUAAUAUAAUGGACACAUCACCAUCUGAAUCAUGGAAGUGAAAGUCAUCUCCGGAAUUCACCUAACAACCAGUGUCCUCAACCCUCAAAACUUCCAAUCAACUUGACUUUAGCUCAAAUCCUACCAAUUUCUUACAUUUCAUUCAUCUCAACCCUAGCUGUCAGUCCUUCCCAUCCCUGAGCAGAGUAUGCUGUAACAGACACUAUCCUGUACCCACCAUCUAGAUCACAGUUACACGAUCAUCCAAGCAUACCUCUAGACUCACAGAACCUCGGAAGGUACAUGUCUGUGUGGUACUGUGCAUUUGACCACUUUGACAUAUUAAAAGGUUGAUAGAUGUGCUCACUUGAUCACACACCAGUCUGCCAGUCUGCCCGCCAGCCAGUCUGCCAGUCAGUCUGCCAGUCAGUCAGCCAGCCAGUCUGCCCGCCAGCCAGUCUGCCCGCCAGCCAGUCUGCCCGCCAGCCUGUCUGCCAGUCAGUCAGCCAGCCAGUCUGCCAGUCAGUCAGCCAGUAUUCACAUGGCAGUCGUCAGUCUAACACCUUAGAUCAGCACUAAAUGAUGAGCGUUGGCUGACAGCUGCUUAUGCCCACACACACACACUGCUAUUACACCCUAACAUGGAGACACUCCACUCCCCUCUCAGCUCUAACACUACAGGGAAUUAACUCAUGUGAAUGUUACAGUUUUGUCAGCAGAGCUGAACAUGGCCAAUCCAUGCUGCUCAUUGCACUGACAAUGUGACUGACAUCCUUCUCAUAUUUGCCAAAUCCUGUCAAAGAUCCCAACUCUGAUUUCUGACACAGACAGUCAGUCCAAUUUAAGGGAGUUUUAUUCAUUAACCUUUUAAUAAUUGCAUGCUUUUUAAGAUUAUAUACACAUUUAAAUGGGGGGGGCUUUUGUACAGUGAAAGUGGGUGUCUUUAAUAAGAACAGAUGUCUGUCUACACCUGACACUGUUUUAUAUGUUGAUAUCAUAAACUGGGACGAUUCACCAGGGAAGGUACUCAUAAAGCAAAUGAGUGCUGAUCUAAGAUCAGUUUUGUCUUUUAGAUAAAUAAUGAAUUAGAUGAUGUUUUAUAGGAGCUACCUGAUCCUAGAUCAGCACUCCUGCUCUUAUAGGUUGUAUAAUGUCUCGUGUGAGAAUAGAACCCUAUCCUUGUACUGUCACUUAUUUAAGGCAAUAGGUCUUGUUCAAGGCAUAGCGUUUCAUAUUCGGAGAACACCAUUGUGAUAACAAUGUUGAUGGUACAUGAGAAUGCACGUCUUUGAACUGUAAGAUGGGUUUACAAAAAAAAAUGGUCAUGAGCUGUAAUGAUAAUUAGACACGAGGAUUUUUGUAACAAUGUACAUGAAACUGCCAUGCAACUGGACUCAACGCUACAGUACAUAGUGGUGUACAGUAUAGAGGCUGCUGGGAGACUGUGUCUGUGUCUGUUCUCUUUGGAAACAGCAGAAAGUGGUCUAGUUGGAGUCCAGUCUAGUUGGAGCAGAAGCAAGGACUCAUCGAGGUGAAGGACAUCUUGAAGAAAUGCAGCUUUACUCUCCCCCGGUCCAUCUCCUCUCCCUCAGGAUUACUGCUCCACUUUCUCUCUCCCUCUACCUCUCUCUCCUCUUUCUCUCUCCCUCUAGCUCUCUCUUCUCUCUCCCUUUACCUCUCUCUCCUCUCCUCUUUCUC